AUGUCUUCCAGCAAGGGCCAGUUUGAGCAGGGCUAUCAGCCCGAGGUUCAGCAGCAGAGCAGCAUCCCUGGCAAGGAGUCUGAGAUGGACCCUCAGCCCGAGUACGACCACCUUCCCACCGCGGAUGGCGGCAAGGAGCUCUACAAGGCUGCCGGCAAGCUGAAGGGAAAGAAGGCCAUCAUUACCGGCGGUGACUCUGGAAUUGGUCGCGCAUCUGCUAUUCUCUACGCCAUGGAGGGCGCAGACAGCUUCAUCGCAUAUCUGCCCGAGGAAGAGGAUGAUGCACAACAGACCAAGAAGAUGGUUGAGGAGAAGGGCGGCAAGUGCUACACAUUCGCUACAGACCUGAAGGACCGUGCAAACUGUAAGAAGGUAGUCGAUGAGGCCAUCAAGCAGAUGGGUGGUGUCGACAUUCUCUUCAACAAUGCUGCAUACCAGAACAUGGUCGAGGACAUCAAGGACCUCGAUGAAGACCAGUGGGUGCACACCUUCAACACCAACAUCCACCCAUACUUCUACCUCUCGAAGUACGUCCUGCCCCACAUGAAGCCUGGUUCCGUCAUUAUCAACAAUGCUUCUAUCAACGCAUACAUUGGCCGCCCAGACCUGCUCGACUACACAUCGACAAAGGGCGCCAUUGUCGCAUUCACUCGUGCUUUGCACAACCAGUACGUCUCCAAGGGCAUUCGCGUCAAUGCCAUUGCGCCCGGUCCUGUCUGGACACCCCUCAUUCCUGCAACUAUGAACAAGGAGGCCAUCAAGCAAUUCACCGCUCCCAUUGGCCGUCCUUCGCAGCCCAGUGAGAUUGCCACUGUCGCUGUGUUCCUCGCCGGGCCUGACAGCAGCUCGAUCUGUGGUCAAACCAUUCACCCCAACGGUGGUACUGUAGUGAGCGGUUAA